AUGAAGUCUUCGCUAAAUAAAACACCAAGGUUCAUCGAAGUGAGGAAUUUCCAGGUCUACGAAGGAAUGGUUCUUCUUUCACUUAUCAACACGAGGUUUAACAUCACGCUACGAAUACCAAAUAAACGAGCCAAUGUUUACGAACAGAUAUUAAUGGUUGAUUCUGUGUGGAACAAAUCCAUGCGGAUUGAUGUAAAAAGUUAUAUUAAACAACGUUGUGACGAAAGAAUGAAAAUUGAAGUGAAAUCUGGGUUAUCACCAAAAACAGCUCUCAGAAGACGACAUAACAACACUAUAAUCGAGACACUGGUAUUCUUGAUUGAUUUGGUUCUAGAAAUGGGAUACUUUGUGGAAACAACAGAGUGUGGAGGGAAAAAAGGAACACUGAAAGAAGAAUAUAUCAGAACUAUAUUUAAAAACAACAGUGUUGUGUUUAACGAAAAAAGUCUUUGUUUCUAUGGGAAAAGAAUUGGAGAUUAUGUGACUUCCCGUGAAGUCGUUUAUGGAUCAAUAAUGAUUCAUGAGAAUGAUAAGACUAUACAGAAUAUUAUUGUGUUGACCAAAUUGUGA